UCGAUUUUUCAAGCAGGGAGUCGGGCCGUCAGAGACCGCAGUAGCCCGGCCGACACAGUUGAGGAAGGACACACCGCUUCGUUCCAAACAUGAGGGAAAUUGUACACAUCCAAACUGGACAGUGUGGUAACCAGAUUGGCACCAAAUUCUGGGAAAUUAUCAGUGAUGAACAUGGCAUCCAGCCAACAGGAGAGUACACCACAGGUGUUGAAAAAGAUCUGAUGGAUCUUCAAUUGGAGCGCAUUAAUGUGUACUACAAUGAAGGAAACCAGGGCAAGUACGUGCCACGUGCUGUCCUGGUUGAUCUUGAACCAGGCACAAUGGACAGUGUGCGUGCUGGACCUCACGGCCAACUAUUUAAGCCAGAUAGUUUUGUGUUUGGUCAGAGUGGUGCAGGAAACAACUGGGCCAAGGGUCAUUACACAGAAGGAGCAGAGUUGGUCGAUUCUGUUUUGGAUGUCGUCCGGAAGGAAUCUGAAAAGUGUGACUGUCUACAAGGAUUCCAGCUCACACACUCGUUAGGUGGUGGCACAGGUUCAGGAAUGGGUACCCUGCUUGUCUCAAAAAUUCGUGAAGAAUUCCCAGAUCGUAUUAUGGUCACAUUCUCCGUUGUACCUUCUCCCAAGGUAUCUGAUACUGUGGUGGAACCUUACAAUGCCACUCUGUCCAUCCACCAACUUGUAGAGAACACUGAUGAAACCUAUUGUAUUGACAACGAAGCUCUAUAUGACAUCUGCUUCAGAACGCUUAAACUGCAAAAUCCUACCUAUGGUGAUUUGAACCAUCUUGUUUCUUUAACCAUGUCUGGGGUUACCACUUGUUUACGGUUCCCUGGUCAGUUAAAUGCUGAUCUCCGGAAACUUGCAGUGAACAUGGUACCUUUCCCUCGACUUCAUUUCUUCAUGCCUGGCUUCGCUCCCCUGACUGCUCGUGGCUCUCAGCAAUAUCGUGCCCUCACUGUUCCAGAGCUUACUCAGCAGAUGUUUGAUGCCAAGAACAUGAUGGCUGCCUGUGAUCCUCGUCAUGGACGUUAUCUUACUGUUGCAGCAAUCUUCAGAGGGCGUAUGUCCAUGAGAGAAGUUGAUGAUCAGAUGUACAACAUUCAGAACAAGAAUUCCUCAUUCUUCGUAGAAUGGAUUCCAAAUAAUGUGAAGACUGCUGUUUGUGACAUUCCACCAAGAGGCCUAAAGAUGUCUGCAACCUUUAUUGGCAAUUCUACAGCCAUCCAGGAACUGUUCAAGCGUGUAAGCGAGCAGUUCACAGCUAUGUUCAGGCGUAAAGCUUUCCUUCAUUGGUACACUGGUGAGGGUAUGGAUGAAAUGGAGUUCACAGAGGCAGAAUCUAAUAUGAAUGAUCUGGUGUCCGAAUAUCAGCAGUACCAGGAGGCCACUGCUGAUGAUGAAGCGGAGUUUGAAGAAGAGGGGGAAGUUGAAGGCGAGUAUGAUUAAACAAGGAAAAAAGUGAUCUCUCCUAGUGCUAUUGGCAGUCUGCCAACUUAAGUAUUAUUUUCCAUGUAAUCAAAGAAUACCAAUGGAACUUGCAUUUCAUUCCACUUCAGUUAACUACCAUGUAGUUCUUUUCUGUAUCAUUCCUUUGUGUUCAUCUAUGGAGUUUUAUAUCUUUGUUUAAGGCUUUCUUAUAUUAAAUUGUCAUAGUUU